ACGACAUAAUCCAUAUAUCCUCACCAGCUUUUACGGGACUGUAAACGACACCUCCAUGUGGGCGUGACUGACCGGCUACUUCCAUACCAGCCACUAAGGAAGGACCAAAACUAGCAAGUUAGUCCACCUGACUGAAUGCAAGUCAUCCUGACCAAAACUUUUUUUUUUAAUUGCGGAGACGUCAGCAAAAACAAUCGCAGUCUAUCAUAAAGCGCUUGCUGGCUGCACUUACCUUACGCGCUGUUUAGUUUAGCACCUUGUUAGCUUAGCAGCUGAAACCCACAUGGACCUUCAAAACACCAACAUGAGCGAUGAGGCGAAGGUGCAGCUGAAUCACACCAAGACUCUAAGGCUCCACACCGGGAAUUUAGUCAACCGAAGCCGGAUGAAAAAGAAAUGUCCAGGUUCUCCCAGCGAGGAGCUUCGAGACUGCAUUCAAGCCACACUGAGCGACUGGUUUUCCACGACAAAACCAUCAUCCACAGACCUGCAAGACACUCUAGUCUGCUUCAUUCCUGAAGCCACAGAUGCUAUCAAACCUGAAGAGAGGGAGGAAGUGAAGGUUUCAGUGAAGCUCUUCCUGUGUGAGUCGGGUCAGUCUGCUAUCAGAGAUGCAGUGGAGAUGGCCUGUCAGAUGCUGGCAGUGUCUCAGCUUGACUCAGUUAUCAUAGCUCCACCUGGACCUCUGGAGGGUGGUAGCCAAACUCUGGCUCACCUGCAGCCAGCAUGGGAGGAGCUGGAGGCUCUGGUCAGGAGCCAGCAGAUUGCAGCCAUUGGCACCUCUGAUCUUGACAAAGAUCUGCUGGAGCAGCUCUAUAACUGGGCUCAGGUGAAGCCCAGCAGCAACCAGGUGAACCUGGCCUCCUGCUGUGUGAUGCCACCUGACCUGACAGCCUUUGCUAAAGAGUUUGACAUCCAGCUGCUCACACACAACGACCCCAAAGAGUUGAUGUCAGCCGCCACAUUCCAGGAGGCCGUGCGGGAGGGAGCACCGAACCUGAGCGUCACAGACUGGAGGCUGGAGUGGGUUCUACGCUACUCCAUAAUCGUCAAAAGCAGGGGCAUCAUCAAGUCUAAGGGCUACCUCGUCAGUGCAAGGAGGGCGAGCCCCUAACACCCCAACAGAGGAAGAAAAAAAGACAUGGAUGAAGCCAUUUUCCUCUAUUUUCAUUCACACACACACAGCAUGCAAGGUUAUAGCUCUGAAUUAUGGAUUCUGCCAAUCACCGUGAGUCUUGAAGUAAUUUAAUCUUCCACAAAAGGUUGAAUCUUCCUCAGUUAUGUUCAUUCUGAGUAACAGAUGAAGGUAAUCAUUACUGCUGCCUCAAAGAGAUCAAAAGUCGAAGAGUUUAACUAGAUCAACUUCCGUGUUGAAAGAAAGAACGAGAUGUUGAGUCUCACUGUCAGAUCAGCUGUUUAUAAACACAAUGCAGGCUGUUGUAUCAGUGGAAAAUGUUGCUGUUUAACUUUGGUCUGAGGUGGAGGUCCCUCAUGUUCAGAUGUAAAGUGCCUCUCAUCCAUCGACUCCCUCUUUUACAGCUCUGUGUCCACUGUGUCUUUAACUAGACUGGUCUAAAUAAAUACACUGAGUAGGCAACACAGGAGAAAACAAUUUUGUAAUGCAUAUAGUGUGAUAUACAAGAAAGUCAAUUUUAUUCAUUAUUAUUUCCAUAUAAAUUGAUUUACAUUCCCUUGAGAAAAAUAAUACACUUGUUCAAACCCAAAUAGUGUUAAAUACUACUGAAUUAGAGAAGAUACAUCGAUAUAUUUACCCCUCCAAGAUCAUGCUUAAAGCAAUAUUUUGAGAUUGGCAUAACUAAGAGGCUGAUGUCCUCUAUAUAUUAUUUCUACAAUAGAAAUCCCACACCAGGAAGAUGUGAACAAAUUGUUUUGAUGAAAAUCUUUAUUUAAUGAAACAUAGUUGUUUUUUCCAAACAGGGUCCAGUAGAUUCUCAAAUUCUGUCUUGUACUGUAAAUCUAUUUAAUAUGUCUGUAUAUCAUGAAUUGGCCGAAUUAAAAUAAUGGGAACGUG